CGCUGGUUUCAGUGGAGCUUGGGCAGAGCGUUGUGCCACAACGUUGGCCGCAGUGGUGAAAAGUGUUUGUGCCUUCCGCUGGUGAAAUACAAAGUGAAUAGCCCAGUGUUUAAUUUAGUACAUCCCUCAAAAUGUCUAUGGAUCCUACGGUGUCGUUGGAGGAUCUGGAACGCCGGCGUCGUCGUGCCAGCUCAGCCAGGAAAGCAUCGCAAACGUCGCAGCCUUCGUCGCAGCCGGAAACGGAGUCGGAAGCCAUGGCCGUGAUCAAUGAAAUCUUCAAUCCUCGACUUAAAUUGCCAGAGAGCACGGGAUACUACAAACUUCCGGAGCAGAUGAGCGCAGACGAUCAAGUUUCGGCACAGGAUUUGGACAUUGCCAAGCUGGCGGAGCUGAAGGAAGUAUUCACACUCUUCGACACGGACUGCGAUGGACUGAUCUCGAAAGAUGACCUGCGGUUCACUUACAUGGCUCUGGGCAACGAACCCAACGAGCAGCUACUCGAGCAGAUGAUGCAGGAGGCCCAGGAGCCCUUGGACUAUGAGGCAUUUGUGCAGCUAAUGUGUCGUCGCACCCUGGAACUCGAUCCGGAGGAUGUACUACUCGAAGCCUGGAGCAAGUGGGAUGAUCACGGCACGGGCAAGAUCGAUGAGAGAAAAAUCUACGAGGAACUCGUUAACUAUGGUGACAAAAUGACUGACAGCGAGGCAAAGGAGGCGCUCAGUCAUGCUCCCAUGGCUAAGCCCAAAACACUGGAGGAACCUCCCAUGAUCGACUAUCCCGCCUUCUGUCGCAUGCUCGGGGGAAUGCGUAAACGCAAGAAUCCCUAGAGAAAGUGGAAAGAAAGCAACCAGCAAGCAACUCAAGCCUAAAUCGAAUCUUGUCAAGUUUCUAUUGCAAUAGUUGUUAGAGCCCUAAUUAUUGAUUAGCUUAAUUUAGUUGGCAGUAAUCCUGAUUUCCCGAAGUGUUUCGAUCUUUCCUUGUGCUUUCGACUUUAAUUCGCCCACUCAUCAUAUUUUAUUUUUGUUAUUAAUUUGUUAAAUUCAUUGCAUGUUUGUUUAGCUAACACAAUAGCUGUCAUAUUUGGUGACACUUCUUAUACAGGUUCUAACCUCAUAUUUCGUUUAGAAAUACAUUUCAAUGGUAAUCAGCUUCGCCUACAUACAAAUGAUUAAAAUUCACAAAAUUUAUUAGACUUUCCUGCUCGAAUUUUGUUAACCUUAACGCCAACUUUUGUUAGACUUUUAUCAAAAUAAAUGAUGAAGAACCAAGCAGUAAAGCAAUGCGAAUCACCUUGUCUGCUAUGAAGAGGGAGAGGAAGAGGGGCACCAGACUAUUUAUAGGCUGACCAACGAGGCGGCCAAGCGACCAGCCCCAAAUGUAUCGGCCAAUAAAUUUUCGACAUCAUUAGAAUUGUGAUUCGGCCAUUUUGUCUUUCGGCCAUUUCAUUCUCUCUCUAUCUUUCUCAAUGCGUAUACUGCAUAUAUAUUUUUUGGUGACAGCUGCUUGGACACCGUCG